AAAAACGUAACUAAAUGCUUGUAUUAAUCUCCAGCCAAUACAGCUGACACCAACACUCACCUCCAGACCCCGUCUCAACUCAGUGGCUUGUUAACCUAAACCUGCUGGGUCGUUGCUGUAGUGCACCGCGGCGGUGUAAACUGAUUUCCAAAAUCGGCUGCCGCCGACCGAAUGUGCGUAUAUGCGUAUUCCGUGCUGCGCCGGACAUUUACCCGUGAUUUAUACCAGAGUAAUAUCAUUUUUACGACACUGCUUUGUAAUACAAGAGCUAAAGAGCUUCUAAAGGAAGGGGUUUUCAGUUUAAGUGUUGUCUGCGGGACGUCCUUGUUAGCCGUGUAAUUUCCUCAUACUGUCACGGUCCCCAUCACAGACCAUUCCAGUACCGAAAAACGGCUACACCUUAUUCCGUCGCUCACCGCACCGGCAGCUGCUGUACAUCGCUCACUAAUCAGCGGCUGAACAAUACCCUGCAUUUGCUCAGCUGUUUCCCAGUUUUGUUAGUCCACACAAUAGACAGGCACUGCGCGUGCUACGGGCGAGGAUGUGACAGGAAAGGGAAAGAAAUCGCCACUCGCCGAUCCAGAAACCUUUUGCUCAGAAAUUGUGAUUUCCAAGAUUAAAGUCUACCCAGAGUAUCUGUGGAUUCCUUGGUUUAAUUUCCACAUUCCUAUUAAAUUAUUCUCCAGAGAUGUCGUACAAACCAGUUGCAACCAGUGACCCACAGCAUGGGCAUGCAGAAAGUUACCGUGUGGCAACAGCCCCCAUUGCACCUGACAACGGUAAAGUGCCGACGAAAAAGAAGGGCAAGGACAAGAAAGAUGGCCUUGACGACCUCAAACAAGAAUUGGAUAUGGACGAGCAUACCGUACCUAUUGAAGACCUAUGCAGAAGACUUGAAGUCGAUCCAACAAGAGGCCUUACCCAUGCUAUUGCCAAGCGGAAUUUUGAGCGGGAUGGGCCGAACGCUCUGACCCCUCCGAAGACCACCCCAGAAUGGUUGAAAUUCUGCAAACAGUUGUUUGGCGGUUUCUCCCUUCUACUGUGGGUGGGAGCUGUUUUAUGCUUUAUUGCAUAUGGUGUGACAGCGGCGCGUGAAGAUGAGCCUCCUGCUGACAAUUUGUACCUGGGCAUUGUGUUGACGGCGGUCGUGGUUAUCACCGGCUGCUUCUCAUAUUACCAGGAAGCCAAAUCCGCCCGCAUCAUGGACUCAUUCAAGAAUCUGAUCCCGGCCUACGCGACCGUUAUACGUGAGGGUGAAAAGAACAGUUUACUGGCGGAACAGCUGGUCCUUGGUGAUUUGGUCGAGGUCAAGGGAGGCGAUCGUAUUCCGGCUGAUAUCCGUAUCAUAGAGUGCCGUGGAAUGAAGGUGGAUAACUCUUCGUUGACAGGAGAAUCCGAACCGCAAUCCCGCAGUCACCAGACGACGCACACCAAUCCUCUGGAAACCAAAAAUUUGGCAUUUUUCUCGACUAACAUUGUCGAAGGCGUGGGUACUGGAAUCGUGAUUAAUACCGGUGACAGAACGGUUAUGGGUCGUAUUGCCAAUUUGGCCAGUGGCCUGGAGAUGGGCCAGACACCAAUUGCCCGCGAGAUCUCACAUUUUAUCCACAUCAUUACCGGUGUGGCCGUAUUCCUGGGAGUUACGUUUUUCAUUAUUUGUAUUUUCCUGAACUACUUCUGGCUGGAUGCUGUGGUGUUCCUGAUUGGUAUUAUUGUGGCUAACGUCCCGGAAGGUCUGCUGGCUACGGUCACGGUGUGCUUGACACUGACGGCCAAACGCAUGGCCGUUAAGAACUGCUUGGUCAAGAACUUGGAAGCCGUCGAGACGCUGGGUUCCACUUCGACCAUCUGCUCGGAUAAGACCGGCACUCUGACCCAGAAUCGUAUGACAGUGGCCCAUAUGUGGUUUGAUAACCAAAUUAUGGAGUCCGAUACAACGGAAACACAGCAAAAUGCGGGAAGUUUCGACCGAAAUUCAGCGAGCUGGAGAGCCUUGGUGCGUUGUGCGGCACUGUGCAAUCGUGCCACUUUCAAACCGAACCAGGAAAAAGUGGCUAUCCUCAAUCGUCAAGUCAACGGUGAUGCAUCGGAGGCGGCUUUGUUGAAAUUCGUGGAGCUGACCAUUGGCCAAGUGGUGGAAUAUCGGGAGCGUAAUAAAAAAGUCUGCGAAAUUCCCUUCAACUCCACAAACAAAUAUCAAGUGUCCAUUCAUGAAACUGAAGAGCCAAAUGAUCCGCGCUACGUCUUGGUGAUGAAGGGUGCCCCGGAACGCAUUUUCGACUUGUGCUCAUCAAUACUCAUCGGCGGUCACGAAGAGGCGGCCACCGCCGAAUGGAAACGCCGCUUCGAGGACGCCUACCGUGAACUCGGUGGGUUAGGCGAACGUGUGAUCGGUUUCUGCGAUAUGAUGCUGCCGGCGGACCAAUUCCCGCCCGGCUAUCCGUUUGACCCCGAGGAAUAUAACUUCCCACAAAAUGGCUUCCGCUUUUUGGGUCUGAUGUCCAUGAUUGAUCCACCGCGUGCUGCCGUACCCGAUGCGGUCAGUAAAUGCCGCAGUGCCGGCAUUAAGGUCAUCAUGGUGACCGGUGACCAUCCGAUCACCGCUAAGGCUAUUGCGCGCAGUGUCGGCAUUAUUUCGGCCGGUAAUGAAACAGUGGAGGAGAUUGCAGAGCGUUUGGGUGUGGACCGCAGUGAAGUGGAUCCGCGCAAGGCGCGGGCGUGUGUAAUCCACGGACAGGAUUUACGAAGCAUGGACGAGGCACAGAUUGAUGACAUUUUAUCGAAUCACGAUGAGAUUGUCUUUGCCCGGACGUCACCGCAACAAAAACUGAUUAUCGUGGAGGGAUGCCAGCGACAGGGAGCCAUUGUGGCUGUCACUGGUGACGGUGUGAACGACUCUCCUGCUUUGAAAAAGGCUGAUAUUGGUGUGGCUAUGGGUAUUGCGGGAAGUGAUGUGAGCAAACAAGCUGCCGACAUGAUUCUGCUGGAUGAUAACUUCGCCUCUAUUGUGGUGGGUAUUGAAGAAGGACGUUUGAUUUUCGAUAACUUGAAGAAAUCUAUCGCCUACACUCUGACGUCCAACAUUCCGGAAAUCACGCCCUUCCUCUUCUUUAUUCUACUUGACAUCCCUCUGGCGCUCGGCACAGUUACGAUCUUGUGCAUCGAUUUAGGCACAGACAUGGUACCAGCUAUUUCUUUGGCCUAUGAAAAAGCGGAGAGCGAUAUUAUGAAACGCCGACCACGUAAUCCAAAGCUUGACCGUCUGGUGAAUGAGCGCUUAAUUGGUCUGGCAUACGGACAAAUCGGCAUGAUUCAGGCCUUGGCGGGAUUUUUUACCUACUUUGUCAUCAUGGGUGAGAAUGGCUUCCGACCGUACGAUCUGCUGAAAAUCCGUGACCGUUGGGAAGCGAAAGGCAUCAACGAUUUGCAGGACUCUUAUGGACAGGAAUGGACCUUUGAGCGACGUAAGGUUCUGGAAUAUACUUGUCACACGGCGUUCUUCGUGGCUAUCGUCGUGGUGCAAUGGGCGGAUUUGAUCAUCUCCAAAACCCGACGCAACUCGAUCUUCCACCAAGGAAUGGAUAACUGGAUGUUGAACUUCGGUCUGGUGUUCGAAACCGUUUUGGCUGCCUUCCUAUCAUACUGCCCCGGCAUGGACAAGGGUCUUCGAAUGUAUCCUUUGAAGAUAAACUGGUGGUUUCCUGCCAUGCCAUUCAGUUUGAUGAUCUGGAUUUAUGAUGAAUGCCGUCGAUACAUUUUGCGUCGCAAUCCAGGUGGUUUUAUUGAACGCGAAACAUAUUAUUGAUUGCUUAUACGUCAGAGCAACGCGCGCGGGGAUGGCAUUAUUAUCCUAUAUUGUAUUUUCAUCCCGAAUUUCGGCAAAGAAAUGUGAAAAAUUGGUAUCCUGUGCAAUUAAUAAACGCAGAAGGGAUUCAACAAGCGUGGACGGGUUUGUUGUGGUGUGUUCGUUUAUUUUUUUUCUCCUGUUUUCCGUGUGGCUUGUCUUUUUUGGGGCAAGCCGAAAAAUAACUUAUGUCCUCUAGCCAUUGUCCUCAGCUGAUGAUUUGUGGUUUUGCGAGUGUGUUGAUGAUGAUUGUUGUUGACUUUAUUAUGUGCUCUCGCAUUUCACUUAUUCUUCAGUUAUUAGUCCAAACCGAGUCAAAGCAGAAAUGCUUAAAAGUAACCAAGAAUGA